AUGCCGGACGAUAGUCCCACUCUCACUGGUUCUCACCCUACUAAUAGCUCACCUCAGUCUCGUGCUGUGUUUCAUGAGGAUGACUACACUCAUCCAUGCCAUCCACUAUACGUGCAUCCAUCAGAUGUGCUAGGAAACUCUUUGGUUCCGGUGCCGUUUGAUGGAACUUGCUAUGGUAGUUGGAGAAGGCAUAUUUUGGUCGCUCUUUCUAUUAGAAACAAAUUGGGUCUGAUAGAUUCUAAUUCUGAGAGUCCCUCAGAGGACUCCCCUCUAGUUCGCCAGUGGCAAAGGUGUAAUGAUCUAGUAGUCUCUUGGUUGACAAACUCAAUGACCCAAGAAAUAGCUCGUAGUGUUGAAUAUUCAGAGUAUGCUAAGGACAUUUGGGCUGAAUUAGAAGAGAGGUAUGGUCAGGCAGAUGCUGCAAGAGUGUUCGAAUUAAAGAAAGAACUAGCUCAUAUAUCUCAGGAAUCACUUAACAUAGCCUCUUACUUUAACAAGAUCAAGCAGCUCUGGGACGAGAUUGCUUCUUUGUCUGUUGCUAAGGCUCGUAGUUGUACUUGUAGUGCUAAGUCUGAGUAUGCAAAAAUGUUCAAAGAGUGUACCAAUUCCUCAUGGGUUUGA